AUGGAGCGCCGGCAAUCUUCGGUGGACCUGCCAUCGUCCACGCACACAUACUCUUCUUCGAAAUCGCCAUUCAGCCCUCCUCCGUCGUCGUCGCCACGUGCCGCCUCGGAACCGCCAUCGUCGCCCUUGUCCGUACUGUCCAAGACGCCAUCCCUGCCCAACUCGCCCAUCGUUCCCAUCACCACUGGCAGACGCUACCCAUCGCCCGAAUCGCUGUCCGCCGACACGCCCGGCUCCCAGACGCCCGCCAAGCGCGCUGAUCGCUCCGCCAGUCAGUCUGACGAUGGUAGCACCGGUGACCGCCCCUCCAAGCGUCGCAAGGCGGCCGCUCCCAAAGAUCGCACAACCAAGCGCCUCGAUCUCUCCAAGACGGAAGCCGAAUUGACGCCUGAAGACAUUGAGCAGAGGGAUCGUCUGUUGUCCGCCCUGCGCAAGAAGAAGAAAAUUGUCGUCGUCGCCGGCGCUGGUAUUUCUGUCUCGGCGGGCAUCCCCGACUUUCGCUCCUCCAACGGUCUGUUUGCCAUCACCAAGAAACAGUACAAUGUAAAGUCUUCUGGCAAGCAUCUCUUCGAUGCAUCCGUCUACAAGCAUGACUCUUCUACCCAAUCUUUCCACGAUAUGGUCCGCGACAUGGCCAAAAAGUCUGCCGGUGCAUCCCCCACCCUUUUUCAUCACAUGUUGGCAUCGCUAGCGCAAGAGGGUCGUCUUCUCAGGCUAUACUCCCAGAACAUCGAUUGCAUCGAUACUCAAAUGAAGCCUUUGGAGACAAAUGUGCCGCUUAACCCCAAAGGUCCGUGGCCCAAGACCAUACAGCUGCACGGCGGUCUGCAGCACAUGGUAUGCACCAAAUGCUCCGAUCUAUCGCCCCUGAAACCUGAGCUUUUCAACGGUCCUGAGCCUCCACUAUGCUCGGCGUGUGCCGAACAGGACUCCAUCCGCACAAACUUCGGUGGGAAGCGCAGUCACGGAAUUGGUCGGAUACGGCCCAGAUUUGUCCUUUAUAACGAAUAUAAUCCCGACGAGGAGGCCAUUGGUAAUGUGUCUAGUGCGGACCUUCGCACACGUCCUGACGCUGUCAUUGUUGUCGGCACCACACUCAAGGUUCCCGGUACGCGCCGACUAGUCAAAGAACUCUGCCAAGUCACUCGAGGCAGAAAAGACGGGUUCACUGCCUGGAUUAAUCUAUCGCCAGAACCCAAGGGCGCCGACUUGAAGGACUGUUGGGACUUGGUGGUGCAGUCCAAGUGCGAUGCAGUCGCCGACCUCGCAUCCCUGCCACGCUCGGUCGAUAUUGGCGAUGCCUACCUCCUGUCCCAGAAGGAUGAGCUCGAUGCCAACAAGACCAAUAUUCAGAUCCGCCUCCCCUCCAAAUCGCCCAGCGCAGACGACAGCAUCAUCGAGACGCCAACGUCGGCCAGAGAGGAGGCACAGGCGAUCCCGACGCCAAAGGCCAGUCCCAAACUCGCAGCUGUCAAGUUGCCGAAGCAGACCAAGCUCGGUUUUGGCACCAGCGAAAAGCGCGAAGCAGGCAAAACGAAAAAGACGUCCAAGCCCCGCCCGCGCAAGCCGAAGACCACUGGCAAGCCGGCGCAGCCCAAGUCGACUGCCGCAGACUUUUUCAAGACGGGAAAGAGGGUGCCCACCGGCAAAAACGUCGAUGCGAAAUCGGUGGUUACCAAUCUUGCUCUCGAUGUUGCUCAACCGGCAGUAUCUACGGUGGCACUACUGACACGAGGUGCUGUCAAAGAGGAAGAGCCAGCAACCCCCGUUUCCGAUGGCAAAGUCGACUGCGGAACGAUUUCAUCUCCGUCGGUACCAAACGGCAUGAAGGAACUGUUUACCUAA